CCACCCGCUCCCGAAUCCCUUCGCUUCGACCUCGUCUCCGCGGCUCCAUCGCGGGCCGUCGGAUUUCGAGUCUUCUACUCUUCACCACGCACCCACUCGUCGCUCGCCUUCUUAUCUCCUUCUUCCUCUCCACCCUCCUCACACAGCGCCCCCAUCCAUCGACGCCGUCUCGAAACUCCAAUCGCAAGGUCUCGCCAUGACAAGGGGAAAGUCGAAGGCAGACGCCCCCAAGAAGGCCGAAACCAAGCUUGCGGUAAAGAAGGGAUCGGAACGGGUAGCUAAGAAGCCUAGAAAGUCGAAGGCCGACAAGGAUCCCAACAAGCCUAAGAGGCCUCCCAGUGCCUUUUUCGUGUUCAUGGAAGAAUUCAGGAAGACGUACAAGGAAAAACACCCUAAUAACAAGUCGGUCGCAGUAGUUGGCAAGGCAGGAGGAGACAAGUGGAAAUCAUUGUCGGAGGAUGAGAAGGCUCCCUACGUCGCUAAGGCGGCCAAACUGAAAUCAGAUUACACAAAGACAAUGGCAGCCUACAAUAAGGGUCAAUCUGGUGGAGGAAGUCGUCCCGCCGCUGCCUCUGCUGCUGCUGCAGAUGAAGACGAAGAAUCCGACAAGUCCAAAUCUGAGGUGAACGAUGAUGAAGAUGAUGAAGAGGAUGAGGAUGAAGAGGACGACGACUGAGGAAAUUGGAAGCAAAAGCGCGACGUACGCCGUGUUUCUCUCUUCAUUUUUCUUCUUUGUUAUUGUUAGUAUUUGAAGUUGGAAUAUUCCUAUAACCUAUCAUCAUCUCCUGUAAUGGUAAAAGAAGCCAUGCCUUGGCAGUUCGCCGCUCAGAUUGUGUAUUUAUUUUCGCUCAAAUUAGUCUAAUUUAGUUCCCCACUUAAA